AAUUACUUAAAAAUUGACAAUUAUAUAUUAUCGUUGACAAAAUUAAUUCAAAUAUAAUCAAAUAUAAUUCAUAAUUUUUAAAUAAUAAAAAAUGUCUAACAAUAGAAGUGCUCUCAAAGACGUUGUCACUUGUGAAUAUACCAUCAAUCUCCACAAAAGAUUGUUUGGAAAACAAUUCAAAAAACGUGCUCCAAAGGCUGUUAAAGAAAUUAAAAAAUUUGCUACUUUACAUAUGGGCACAAAAGACGUUCGUAUUGAUCCAAAAUUAAAUCAAGAAAUCUGGAAACGUGGUAUUCAAGGUGUUCCAUACAGAUUAAGAAUUAAAAUCUCAAGAAAACGUAACGAAGAAGAAGAUGCUUCUGAAAAAUUAUUUUCUUAUGUUGAACCAGUUUUUGUUGCUUCUGCUAAGGGUUUAGAAACUGUUGUUGUUGACGAAGAUGAUGAAUAAAUUAUUUAUUAAUUAUCGUAAUUAUCAUAAUUAUAAUAUAAUAUACAUUUUUUAUUUAUUCAGUCUGUCAUAAUAAACAAUAACCAAACAUUUUUAAUUAAAU